AUGCAUUCCAGGCGGGAUGUUGACUCUGUGUCACGGGAACCGUCAAGUGAUUUUCAGUACAUUGGCAACUAUGCCAUGGGCGAGACCAUUGGGAAAGGGAGCUUUGGGAAGGUGAGGAAAGGUCGUCACCUCCCAACAGGGGAAACUGUCGCUAUUAAGAUACUGAACCGUAACAAGUUGAAUAAUGCCAAAAUGGGCAAAAGAGUCUAUCGAGAGAUGAAGAUACUCAAACUUUUUUCCCAUCCCAACAUCUGCCGACUCUACGAGGUUAUAACAACCCCUACCGACAUGUAUCUUAUUAUGGAAUAUGUUGAGGGCGGAGAGUUGUACGACUACAUCGUGAAGAGGCGUAUGUUGAAAGAAGAUGUAGGCCGUUAUAUCUUGCAACAAAUUGUCUGUGCAUUGGAGUAUUGCCAUCAUUUUCUUGUUGUGCAUCGGGAUCUUAAGCCGGAAAAUAUUUUGCUGGGGCCCGGGCUGCAGGUAAAACUCAUUGAUUUUGGACUUGCCAACAUUAUGAAGGACAAUGAAUUUUUGGCGAGUUCUUGUGGAUCGCCCAAUUACGCCGCUCCGGAGAUUCUUUCGGGCAAGUUGUACUUUGGUCCAGAGGUGGAUGUGUGGUCAUGUGGAGUCAUUUUGUACGCCCUGCUGUGCGGGUGCCUCCCGUUUGAUGAAGAAAGCAUCCCGCUUCUUUUUUCCAAAAUCAAAAAGGGGCAGUAUCAAAUUCCUCCUCAUGUCUCUCAUGGGGCGCGAGAACUCAUUGAACAAAUUUUAGUUGUUGACCCCCUCAUGCGUCUUACAAUACCUCAGAUCCGAGAUAAUGCGUGGUUUAACACAAAUCUUCCCAUGCGUCUUUCCUACAAUGAAACUAUUUUUUUGACGGGACAAAAGCGCAUCUCGCCAAAGGUGGCAAGCCGGGCGGCGAAGAUUCUUGGCAUGCGCGACAGAGAUUUGCGCGGUGAAAUUGAGGAGGGCCAUGGCUCCGGGUAUGUUGCUUACAAAAUCCUUUUGGAUGCAGAGCGAGCGAAACAGAUCAUUGCGGAGGCAGAGUCGUUUGCGGUGGAGGAUGACCUUUGGGGUGGCUCAAAACGACUGGCGACACAUGUAUCCAAGGCAACCGAACGUGAACUCAAUCUUGGACUCCUCCUCACACAGAGUCCUGCCAUGGAGACACUCCUUGAAGUUGGUGAUGCCACCUCUAACAAACGUGCCUAUAAUUGCGGUAAUUUUGUUCCAGCGUCGGUACAAGAAACAAAGGCGUUUGCAAUGUCUGUGCAUACACCCGUCUCUAAUGGUACGUUCAGUAUUUCGAAGCGGCCAGAAUCCCUUACCGACGCUACUAAUCCGUUUGGUUCGGGUUUUGUUGGAAGUGGCAGUAGUGUACAGCGUCCGUCUGCCCUUAGCACGAGCGCACGUCAAGGAUCCAAUACGAAUCUCGCUGCAAGCGUGGGUGAUCGUCAACACGUUGGGUCUGUCGCAAAGUCCCACAUGGUGUACACGAAGGAGGAGGAAGAAUUUAUUGUGAGGAACAACGUUGGCUGGCGUCUUGGUUUGAUGAGUGACUUCAACGCCGCUGUCUCGCAGAAUGUUCUUUAUAGCACUCUAACUUCCUUUGAGAUGGAGUGGAAGGUAUUGUCACCAUUUCGUCUGCUGGUCCGCACAACACCGGGGACGUGGGCUAAAAUUGGUCUCGCGCCAACAAGGUCACCGCUGACACCACUUUCGAUGGAUCCACCGGAGCUUUUGAAUGAACAUAGCCCAAAUCCAGCAAUUACUAGUUACACUGCUUCUCCUCCAAAUGUGAUUCUAGCCCUAUACCUUCUUCGUAUACACGAGAAGCAUGACAGGGGGUACUUGUUGGACUUCAGCGUGGUGAAGGGUUCACUUCUAGCGCUUGAUGUUGUGCUACGUCUUUCAACGACGCUCGUUCAUCGAAUGGGUUAA